UUAACCGAUAGUGUCCGGACACUCGCGCUCGGGUUCGUGGCCAGCGUCGUUGCGAGAAGAGCCAGCAGCCCGUCGCGACGAUGAGGUCGCGCGUCACCCUCGCCAUCCUGGGCCUCCUCGUGCUCUGCGCGCUAAUCGCGAGCUCGCAAUCUAAGCUCCAGCAGCAGGCGACCGUCGAGGACGACGAGGAGGACGAGGACGACGAAUGGGACGAGGACAACAGCAAGGAGAACAACUAUCCAUCGAAGCCGGAGAUUGACGACGAGGGCCGGGUAUACAAGAAUCCGCGCAACUCGCCCUCGGCACAGUGUCCUCGCGACGAGGAGCAGGCCGAGAUAUUCGGCCAGAAGUGUCUCAGGAAGUGCUCGACCGAUGAGGACUGCAAGAGCAAGAAGAAGAAGUGCCGGUGCGACGGGGCCUGCGGCAUGUCCUGCAUUAAGCCCGACCGCGAGUGCCCGGAGCCCAUUGAGAUCGAGCACGGGCUGAUGGCCGUGAGCGGUCGCUUCUUUGGCGACAGGAUCAACUAUACCUGCGACCCGGGCUAUUACGUCGUUGGCCUCGCGGAGCGUAGCUGUGGCGUCGACGGCCGCUGGUCAGGCAUCACACCGAGCUGCAAGAAGGACCCCACCUCCUUCUGCACGACGCCCCACAAGUUUCCCAACGCCCGGCAUAACGCGCUGCCGGAACAGACGACCUUCGAGCUCGACAGCAUGGUCCAGUACUACUGCAGCCACGGCUACGUGACCAAGGGCUCGCCCAAGGCCAAGUGCCUCAUGACCGAGGGGGCGGCAAGCUGGUACGGGCCGGACAUCACCUGCGAGGCGAGGAGCUGCGAGCCACCGGCUGACAUCGCCAACGGAUGGCACGCCGGGGAAUGUUACAAAUACGAUUGCCACGUCUCGUAUCAUUGUGCUGACGGUUACGAGUUGGUGGGGAAGGCCGAAAAAAUUUGUGUCGCUGAUGGCACAUGGUUACCUGCCGAACUACCGAAAUGCGUCGAGGUGACAUCGGUCGAGUGCGAUCUACCCGAGAAUCCAGUAAACGGCAAAGCCAUUUACACGUCCUACGCUUACAAUUCCGUGGUGUCGUAUGAGUGCAAAACUGGUUACACUAUCGUUGGAGCGGCGACACGACGAUGUAGCGCCGACGGAAAAUGGACGGGCCAGGCGCCAACGUGCAGGGAGAUAAACUGCGGCUCCCCCGGCGUACUCUAUAAUGGCUGGAUCGACAAUAUCGAGAACGGGACGGGCAUGGGCUCGAGCCUCAUAUUUCGCUGCAAGGAGCACACGAAGCUCGAGGGCCACAGCUCGAGCCUCUGCCAGAUGGACGGGAAGUGGAGAUACCCGGUGCCCCAGUGUCUGGCGCCCUGCAUCGUGCCACAAAUCGCCCGGGGCCGCGUGUUCGUCGCCUCGGACGAGCGCGACCACAUCAACAACGUCACGGUGGCGGAGCACGGCAAGGGGCUCGCGGUCGAGUGCGUCAGCGACUACGAGUUCGCGGCCAGCGGCAUGCCGGUCGUCUGCAACAACGGCACCUGGUCCAUCGUGCCCUCGUGCUCGCCCGCGAGGUGCAAACAGAUGCCGAAGCCGCCCAAGAACGGUAUGGUGAUCGCCCCCAAGACAGAUCACGGCAUGAAGGCCGUGUUCAAGUGCAAGGACGGCUUCGAGCUCGUCGGCGGCGGCCCUUACAACAACUCGUACGCGGUCGAGUGCCGAUAUGGAAAUUGGACUGGCGAUCUGCCGCACUGCAUCGAGGUCUACUGCCCCUUCCCCGGCUACGUGCAGAACGGCAAAGUCCUCCUCGUGGGCAACAUGGGCGUUUACGACUAUCGCCCGUACGUGAAGAAGGUCGUGAAUAACAAGCAAAUAAUGUACGACUGCGACAAGGGUUACUACUUGAGCGAGGGCCCACCGGGCGCAACCUGCAUCGGCGGCUCCUGGAGCCCCAAGGAGCUCCCCAAGUGCACGCUCGGCCAGCAUCCGCGGAUCCGCUGGAACAGACGGCGCAGAUCCGUCGGCGAGCAGAGGAACGAGACGGUAGUAGCGGCCUACCGAAAGUUCAUCGACUUCUUCCGCAAGAUUGGGAGGAAGCUGCUCGAGCUCGAGAUGGAGAAGAGCCACGAGGCAUUGAGCCACGUCGACGGGGAGGAGGGCGCCGGGGCGGGGCGCGCGCCAAACGGCAACGGGACGAGUAGCAGCAGCAGCAGCAGCAGCAGCAGCAGCAGCAGCGCGGUCGGGCCGCGUAACGUAAGCAGAAGCCGCGGCGCCCAUAGGAAUAAGCCGCGGACCAAGGACGAGAAGAUGAUCGAUUUUCUGAGAAUCGUCUACCGGAAGUUACAACGAAUCGACUCGCGGCACGCGAGCAACGACACGAAUGUCACGAUGCACGAGCUGCUGAACGUGAUGAGCAAGAACUUCUUUCACGUGGAUUUGGCGGAGCCGCGGAGGAACGCCUCGGCGAAAGGCCACGAGAGCUUCGAGACGAAGACCCAGCGGGAGUUCACGAAACUGAAACGCGAGUUCGAGAGAAUCAUGAAGUUCUAUAAUAAGUCGCUGCGCUGGAGCGAGAAGCACUUGCGCAAGGAUCUGAGGAAGAAGAAGAAGGGCCAGGGCCACGCCGAGAGAGACAAGCAGAAGUCAAGGGAGGCCGAGAGGAAGAAACAGCACAAGUCGCCCAACUAUUACAAGGGCUUUUAUGAAUUCAUAAAUGAUUACGUGACGCAGAAACUGUCGGCCUUGGAGGCGCAGAACGCCACGGAGGAGCUAAUCAGAAAAAUGAAGAUCGACAAGAUAUCCGUGAGGAAUGGCACGAUGUUCACGGUCGGAGAGAUUUACGCGUUCUUCAAACAUAUCAUAGAGACUAAGCUGAACGCGUCUAAAGUGGAAAACGAGACGACGGGCGCGAAGCCGAGGAAGCCGUUGGGGAAAUCGAUCGCCACCUCGGCAAAACCAACGGCCGACGUGAAAACGUCGCGGGCAACGGAAGUGACAACAGCGGACGACGGGAGUACGAUGACGGAGAGCGGCAAGCUCGCGGUGUCGGAGAACGAGAUACCCACCUUGGAAAUUGAUAAUAACGAGGCGAAGCUCCGGAACAAAAGGAUCCGUGACGCCUCGUCGACAAAGCCACCACCGACAGCCGAAGUAAGACGAAAGCUACUAUCUAUCAAUCAUCCAUUGGCGGACGAUACGCCUCCCAAGCUCACCAUGAAUGAUAAUUAUCAGGCGCAGUUGACACGGAAGGAGUCGGCGAUUCAGCAGCAGAGCCGCACGAAGCGUUUCCUCGCGUCCGCGGAACUGGCUAAUCGAAUGUAUCUUAAAAAUUUCUAUCUCAACGCUUACGAAGACGAGUACAAGGCGAACGUGAAACGUUCCGCGCCUCGGAAUAAUCAGGCGAACUGGUCGGAUCGGGUGGUUAGAAGCUCGCAGGAUCAGCGGCAGCCGACGAGGCACGAAAACAAGUGAGAGCAGCAUCAAAUGGUUUUAUUGUGAUAUCGAUGGAAUUUAUUGGUAAAUUAACCGAUUAAUAAGCAACUGAUUUUAUGCGAUUAUACAAAUUAUUAUACACUUAUAGUUAAUCUGUUUCCCAUUUUCGUCGUUAGGCGCACUGUAACGUGUGUACAUGACGUUUUUCUUUUGUUUUUGUUAUUGUUUUUUUUGUUUUUAUUUUGUUUUUUGAUGAUAAAUAAAAUCUUUUCAAUACACAACUGACUGAAGAUUUUAAUGACGCAUGCCAAUUCAAUUAGGUUCCGUUGUUCCGAGCCCCUUUUAUU